AUGCAAUCCCAUACAAACGAAACCGAGUUCCCAGACCGAACCCGAACCAGAGAUCCAGUUAUCCCUACCCCUAAUAAAUCUCCUAUUGACGCGCCUGAGGCUCCAGAGUAUAAGGCGAAAUUCCCUAGUCAGUCUUGGGUGCCGAAUCUCGAUCGUCGACAGAGUUGGAGCAGUGAGGAUCGCAAACAUAUGAUGCAGGAGAGAUUGUUGGAUAUACCUGAGGGGAAGGAGAGUGGGUUUUCUGAGUCUGAACAUGGGGAUUAA